CAGGGUGACGCGCGUUCUUGUUAUCAUAUUCCGCCACUAGGUGGCAGUGUUUGAACACGGUAACCGCCUCACGGGACGUUGCUGGGCCCGCGUACCUUUUGAUAGUCCCUGACCUUGCUGUUGCUGUUGCUGUUGCUCUGGCUGAGUCCAGCACUUGUGUUUUGCUGGUUUUACAGAAAGAAAAUACAGGGUAGAACUCAUGCAUGAAAUGUUGAAGACGCAGGUCAUCUGUUAUCUGAUCCUCGGCAUCUUUGCAGCAGGGUGUCCAGCACCAAAUGCUCCCAAGAUGUCCGUAGGACCUUUAUGUCCCCCGGGGUGCAGAGCUACACGGCCUUUUGUAUAAAGAGAGCAAAGGCCCGGCCGCGUCCCCGUCACGGCGAGCCACACAAUGCCUACUGCAGUGUAAGCAGUUGGGGGUUCUAGCAGGGAGCCGCGCGAGCCGCGGCGCGUGGAACAUGCUAGCGGAGGCAGACAAUGCGACGGCCCGAGGCCCGACCAGCCCUCGCAGGGACACGGGGCGCCUCCCCGCCCCCCCCCGUCUCCACCCCUGCUUUUUUUCCUGAGCUCCGCGGCAUGGGCUCGGGGAGGACGCUGAAGUUCGCCCUGUGCGAGGUGCUGCAGUUCGCCGGCCUGUGCGCGCCGCUCUUCGUCGUCAUGCAGCGGUUCGCCGGCGUCGCCGCGAAGGUCAAGGCGUCGGCGAGGCCCCACGGGGACGGCGCCACGGCCUACUGGUUGAUCGUGGCCUCCUCUAUUGCCUACGUCACCUCCACCGCCCUGCUGGUCUGGGUACCCAUGAAGUACAUGGUCUUCGUGAAGAACAAGUUUCUCGACGGGAGGAGGAAGUGGAGGCCUGUGGCCCUCGUCUAUGUGAUCCUCUCGACGCUGCCCUGCUUCGCCUUUCUCGUCGCCAGCUCUAAGGUUCAGCUAAAUAACAACAUGAAACAUGAUGCGUUCACAGAGCUCCCCGUCUCACUAGUCCUCUUCUCGCUCAUCUGCGUUGACCUCGUGGAGAGGAUACGCCACUGCAGGCUGACCGGCCAGGCUAACGACGGGGAGAGAGAUGCCCACAUCCCGUCCUCUGUCCUCACUCACGUGGAGCAGGUAACACCCGUCGCCCCAGCUGUGCCCGGGCAGCCCGGGCCGGCGCCCCAGCACAACGACGGGAACCCCAGCGGGGCCGACGGGACGGCCGGCGAUCCCGGGGGGCCGCCCAGCGUCUCCGGCCUGAGCUCGCGGUCGGCGAGCACCGCGGCGGGCCGCUCGUCCCAGUGCGCCCACGGGGGCCCGCCGAGGUCCCUGUGCGCCUGCGACCCCCGGGCCGACGUCUUCGUGGACAGCUUCAUGUUCUGGAUGGAUACAGUGGAGAUGGUGAGGGUGGCGGGACUCCCCGGCGUCUACUACUCGGGCUGGGUGUUCCCCGUCUACAUCUUCAGCUUCCUGUCUUGCCUGCGCGUGGUGGCCAUGCCCCAGAGCCCCCUGCUCUCCUCGCUCGGCGUGGCGCUGCAAGACUUCCCCUUCUUCUUCGUGCGCGUGGCCCUGGUCGCGUUCUUCGGCUUCGUCACACCCGUCCUCUACCUGAUGAAGAACCUGUUGGUCUGCCUGGCCUUCGUCUAUUUCAACUUCAUGACCAGGCUGAGGGUCUUCAACACGGAGAGGAUGUUCUUUUGAGAGCGGCGAAGACAGUUCAGCAUUAAAACACGCGGCGGGAGCCACAGGCUGGUCCCGUCGGGAGGAACGCGGGAGGGUUCAGGAGGCGGCUGCACGGCGUCUUACAAAUAACUUUAAGUUAUAGUUUUAAGAAAAGCUGCUGCGGCCAAACCAAAGUAUGAAUUUGUGACACAGCAGAGAUAUCCUGUCCAAGUGCUUGAUGUUACUUUUCAUAAGCUAAAAGGGAGCUCUGAGACAAUGUUUUCCCAUAAAGGGCAUCAUUUGUGGUGUCACUCAUUAUUUAACUGUUUUACCCCUCACCAGGAAUGACACUUUGUAUACCUGUAAUGUCAUUUGAGAUUUUAUAUCAGAUUUCUUUUUUCUACCAUCAUUAAGUGCAGUGAAUAUGUACAAGCAUGAAUCCAUGUUUAUAUUAGGUUUUUAUUUCUGAAAGAAAAAUAAAGUGUGCGUUUGUACCAUUGAAACACAUACAUACAGAAAAUGAGUUUCAGUUGUGUGAGUUUUCAUGUAUGUUGGAAUAGAUCCCAUUUCUUUACCAUCACUGCUGUCAUUGGUCUGCAAAACAAUCACCUGCUAUUGCAAAGCACAAGAGGACUGCAAAAUAUUGAUGUAUAUUGUUAACAGAUUUAUUUUCUAAAAUCAUCCUAGUCAACCUUGAUAAACCGACUGUACACUAC